UUAAGAAAUGAAAAGGGGGUACCUUUUGGAAUUGUUUAACAUUCAGUUUAGUUGCCUUGUUUUUUGUUUUUCUUUUCAGUCUGACUGUACAGUGUAGCUUUGCACUGACUCAAAUGACACAAGUGGGCAUCAGGGUUCAGCAAAGUAAAGCUGAGUUCCUAUCAACACUGAAGAACAAAGGAAGUCUAAGGACUGAAAUGAGGUUUGCCAAAGAUUCCUCUUACAUAUCUUUUCAUUCCUCGAAUGACCCUCCAACAGUGACUGAGCUUGGCCAGCCUGUGUAUGUGGAGGUGUUUGUAAAACAUGAAGACAACAACUUGAUGUUGCUGCUGGAGGAUUGCUGGGCUACACCAACUGGAGACCCACAUCAUCCACAAAGAUGGAAUCUGCUCAUCAAAGGGUGUCCUUUCACUGGUGAUAGCCACACAACUGUUGUGCUGCCAGUUUCCAGUCGGAUACCAUAUCCUACCCUUCGGAAAUGGUUUGUUGUGAAGUUGUUCUCCUUUGUGAAGCCUCCAACAUUUGAAAACUUGGUUUAUUUUCAUUGUAACACAGAGAUUUGUAAGGGAACAAAUUGCUUGCAGCCCUGCAGCAAUGGGAAACGUAAACAAAGAAGAAUCCUACAAUGGGCAGGCCAGAGGAUUUUCCCCAGUGUAGUCUCAGGUGGACCUAUUUUGUAUUUCCUGUAAAUGAGCGGUAAUAUGAAUUAAACUAUAUUCGCCCCCCAUUCUCUUCAUAUUAAAAAACUGUUGACUUAAACCUUUUAGAUGUGGGCUGUUAAAACUAAAAUGUUUUGUGCAAUUCUGCAAAAGAACAUUAACGUGUUUAUUAAUUUGAUCACUUUAAAAAAAUGUCACCCUUUUUUUAACAGUCAUUUAGUAAUUUGCG